CGUGUCUGUGUGCUUUGAUCGAGUAAAAACCUAUCCCUUGAUCGAACUUUCUUCUCGAGCCCUAGACAUGUCGCUGAAUCCUAACACCAGAACGGAGGUCCGCCGGAAUCAGUACAAGGUUGCGGUGGAUGCAGAGGACGGACGACGGAGGAGAGAAGCAAACAUGGUUGAGGUUCGUAAAAUCAAGCGAGAGGAGAGUCUGAUGAAGAAAAGGCGUGAAGUUCUUAAUGACUUAUCGGGUUUGGUCGAUACGAAGUUGGAAAGUUUGUCGGAUAUGGUCGCUGGGGUUUGGUCGGAUGAUCUUGCCUUGCAGCUCAAGUCAACUACUCAUAUCAGGAAGCUUCUAUCUAGGGCGAGAGAUCCUCCAGUCGACGAAGUAAUAGAUUCUGGUGUUGUUCCUCGGUUCGUUGAGUUUCUUAAGAACGAAGAUAACCCUAAUAUUCAGUAUGAGGCAGCUUGGGCUCUAACAAACAUUGCAUCAGGAACAUCGAAUCAUACAAAGGUUGUAGUAGAUCACAAUGCUGUUCCAAUCUUUGUCCAUCUUCUUGCUUCUUCCCCAAGCGAUAAUAUCCGAGAACAGGCGGUAUGGGCAUUAGGUAACGUUGCUGGUGAUUCAUCGCAAUUCCGUGAUUAUGUUCUUAGAUGUGGAGCACUUGUUCCGCUUCUCAAUCAGCUUAAUGAGAAUACUAAAUUGUCUAUGCUUAGACAUGUCACAUGGACCUUGUCAAACUUGUGUCGUGAUGGCCAGGUGAAUCCCGCGGCGGUUCAAGCCCUUGAACGAUUAAUUCAUUCUACUGAUGAAGAGGUCUUGGCAGAUGCUUGUUGGGCACUCAAAUCCCUCUCUGGUAGGACCAAUGACAAAAUCCAGAAUGUCAUCGAGGCCGGUGUUGUACCAAGACUUGUUGAACUUCUCCUCCAUCCUUCUAUAUCUGUGGUAAUUCCUGCGCUUCGCACCGUUGGAAAUAUAGUUACUGGAGAUGAUCUACAAACGCAGUGUGUGAUCGAUAGUGGUGCUUUACCUUGUUUUGUCAACCUUCUAACUCAGAACUAUAAGAAAAAUAUUAAGAAGGAAGCUUGUUGGACGAUUUCAAACAUCACUUCAGGAACACAAGAACAGAUCCAGAUGGUAAUAGAGGCUAAUUUGAUUGCCCCCUUGGUUAAUCUGCUUCGUUAUGCUGAAUUCGACAUCAAGAAAGAAGCUGCAUGGGCAAUUUCCAAUGUAGCUUUAAAUGGUUCUCAUGAUCAAAUCAAAUACCUUGUGGAGCAAGGAUGCAUUAAACCGUUAUGCGAUAUUUUGUUAUGUCCAGAUACAAAAAUCAUAAUUGUCUGCUUGAAAGCAUUGGAAAACAUCUUGAAGGUGGGAGAGGCAGAGAAGAACUUGGGUAAUACAUGGGACAUGAACUAUUACACGCUGCUGAUUGAUGAUGCAGGAGGGCUAGAAAAUAUGGAGGAACUACAGAACCAUGACAACAGUGAGAUCUAUGAGAAGGCUGUAAGAAUUAUGGAGACAUACUGGGUUGAAGUGGAAGAUGAGGAGACACAACAACCUCUAGGUGUAGAUGGUUCUCAGGCCGGGUUUCAGUUCGGUGGGAAUCAAGCUUCGGUUCCUUCUGGGGGAUUCAACUUCAGCUGAAGGAAUGGUAAUGGAAGCUUGCAGCUUGAGAAUGGUGAAAGGUCAGAGUCAGUUAGAGUCUAGCUUCCUUUGUCUGAUCUUAGAAGUGUUCGGUUUCAUUGUCCAUGGCUUUUUUUUUUUUUUCUUUGUAAUUACCGGUCCUGAGUCUACUU